CUGAAGAACCCCACAAAGCAACGAUAUCGAGAAAAUGCUCUCCUAUGGAAUGCGGCAUCUGCUGUGAAAAAGGCAAACACCUCUUCUGCGAAACAUGCGUCGGCGAACGUAUCCGACUCUUUCGGUACGAGAUACUGAAGCUCUUGACGAAGAAGGAGAGGGCGGCGACGGAGGUUAGGAGGUGGGUCGAGGCGGAGGAGGCCGGAGGGGCGAGGAGGAGGGAGGCAGAAGGAGAGGAGGUGGGGAGGAGGACGGGGGAGGUUAGGGUGGUGGUUGAGAGGGAGAGGGAGAGGGUUGGGCAGGCGAGGGCGAGAGUUAGGGCGAAGAGGGAGGAUAUUACUGCGAGGGAAAAGCAGCUUCGGGAUGCAAAGGAGUACCAGAAGACGCAGCGCUCACGAGAAGUCGAUAAGGCUGCCGCGAGUAUCGUCAUCGCACGAGCGCGACUGGACACCGCUCUCACCGACUUGGCCGAGCAACGACACUGCGAAAUCGCCGACCUCGCUUGCAUCAUGCGACUAACAAAAUCCACCUUCGCAAACGGUACAUUCUUCUUCCUCGCCGGUCUCGAAAUCCCCGACUUACGCGAACUACGAAAGUUCGACGCACUACACCUCACGACCGUCCUUUCGCACAUCUCACACGUUAUCUGGCUGACAGCAUCGUAUCUCUCUGUGAAACUACCUCACGCAAUCGUUCUACCAAAUCUAGUGGUACAUGACCCAGGCGUCUACAUCCGACGAGACUGGAGCACGAGCGGGCGGAGUCGGUUACCUAUGCAUGUGGAGCAAGAUAUUGCCACGAUGGACAUUUCCGUCGUCGAGCGGUUCGUGGAGGGUACCAGUUGCUUAGCGAGCUGUGCAGCGUAUCUCGGAUGGACACAGCACACCUUCUCGGGCGAAGCAGCCGACACCCUCAAUCUCGGCCAAGUCCUUUACGACCUCUUCACCACCACGAACGAGAAGAAGGGACUAUGGACACACGACGCAGGACACAUCAGUAAAGCUGCACAUGGUGAUGGAGAGAUCUGGACGAUGGAUGUGGAUAGUAUUGCGAGGAAAACCAUGAGGGCGUUGAAGAGGGGUGGUGCGGAGUGGCAUGUGGUGGACGAGCGGGAUGAGGUUGGGGAUGAAGUCGGGGACGAUUGGGAUGAGGUUGACGGGAGUGGUGACUUGAACUAGGGCUCCUGGUCUGGCUACGGUGUUUCGGCGUUUUUUAUUUUUGUUAUUUAUUUAUUAAUCGACAUU